AUGGGCAAAGGAACCGAUAAACUAUACAUCACCCACUCCGAGUGGUCGUCCUCGGAUGCGUACGGCGCUAGUAGCGGUGUCAAUGCUGGCGCGCGUGCCCAGCGGCGCGGUGCCAAUUUCAAGAAACUUCCCUUCAACUUCUGCGCCGCCAGUCUCCAACCCUUUAAGAACCCAGUCUGCACUCCCGACGGCACCAUUUUCGAUGUCGAAGUCAUCGGCGCAUGGCUCGAAAAGCACAAGACGAACCCCGUCAACGGCGAGCCGCUCUCGGCCAAGGACCUGAUCAAGCUCAACUUUGCGCGCAACGGCGACACCACCGACUCGGACGAGAACAAGGGCGACCUCAUCGAUCCCGUCACCUUCAAGGUCUUCACCGACAAUACCCACAUUGUCGCCAUCCGCCAUGGCUCCUACGCCAACGUCUUCGCCUGGGAAACCGUCGAGCGCAUGAACAUCAAGGCCAAGAUGUGGCGCGACCUGGUUGACGAUGAAGAGUUCGGCCGCAAAGACAUCAUCACCCUGCAAGACCCUCAGAACAUCUCCAACAGCCGCGACCUCAGCCAGUUCAAAUACCUCCAAGACGGUCAGGAAGCCAUCCUCACCAAGGAACAGGAAGAAGAGCGCAAAGGCGGCACCGUCAACAUCGAAGCCCUCGGCCGUGUGGGGGAGAAGGUUCUCCGCGCCAAGGAAGCCGUCGAGCGCGCUCGCGCAGCCCGACAAGCCGGCGGCGCGGACGUCAACCGUCUCACCCAAGCCCUCACCACCUCGACUUCCUCCGCCACCGGUACCAACAAAUCGAUUGCCCCCCACGCCCAAUCCCUAAUCCAAGAGCGCAAACGCCCCGCCAACGCAGCAACCUACACAACCGGCCUAACCGCCGCCUCCUUCACCUCCACGGGUCUCACCCCUUCAACCUCCGGCACCCUCGCCCUCUUGUCAGAAGAGCAAUACCUCCUCAAGCCCUCGCACCGCAUCAAAACAAAGGGUUACGUACGAAUGGACACCAACCUCGGCGCCCUAACCCUCGAACUCCUGCCCGAAUUCGCCCCCAAAGCCGUCUGGAACUUCCUCCGCCUUUCCGAAAAGGGCUACUACAAAGACGUGGCCUUCCACCGGUCCAUACGCAACUUCAUGAUCCAAGGCGGCGACCCCUCCGGCACGGGGCGCGGGGGCCAAUCGAUAUGGGGCAAGAAUUUCGAAGAUGAAUUCGAAGGGCCCAUGACCCACUCCGCCCGUGGCAUAAUCAGCAUGGCCAACAAGGGCAAGAAUACAAACAGCUCGCAAUUCUUCAUCACCUACCGCCCUGCUUCCCAUUUGGAUAGGAAACAUACCAUUUUCGCCAAAGUCAUCGAAGGACAAGAUACGACCCUUACAAAAAUGGAGAAUGUGGCCACCGAUGGCUCGGAUCGCCCUCUCAACAAGAUUGUUAUCAAGGAUGUGGUUAUCUUGAUUGAUCCGUUUGCGGAGUGGUUGAAGGAGAAGAAGGAUAAGGAGGGGGAGGAGGAACGUAAGAAAGAGGUGGCGAGACGGGGAGGUACCGAGGAUGAUCGGACGACGUGGACGGGGAAGAGGAUCAGGGCUGAUGGGACGGUGGAGGGGGGGCAAGGGACCGCAGAAGGGGGGCCGAAGGUGGGCAAGUAUUUGGAUGUGGGGGCUGCGAAGAAAACAACGACGAAAGCGGCAGAAGAAGAGGCAGAGGUUGAUACGUGGGAAGAACCGGUGAGGAAAAAGGCCAAGAUGGGAGGGUUUGGGAAUUUUGAUGGGUGGUAA